AUGUUAGCGACACCUUGGACUCAUACACGCUUUUAUUUGUCCUUUAUUAGAUGUCGUAAAGAUAAGUGUUUAGUUGCAUCAUCUUUAUUAUCUGUCAAUGUUGUAAUUUCCGCUGUUUUUUUGUUUUUAAGUCAAAAAUGUUAUUAUGGCAGAGGGUUAAAAAUGCAUUAUGUAUAUUUAAAAAAAAAUACUCUUUUACCUUUAGGAAUUCAUGAUAUUCAUUUUUCAUCAUCAUAUCAGCAGCCUUUGCGUCAAAUUUCUGAUUUUUUUAGGGAUUUAAAUUAUAAGGAAUUUUGUAAAAAUGAAAAACUUAAAAAAAAGAAUAUUAUGUUAAGAAAAUAUACUAUAAGGGAAAGAAUUUUUAGAAUAUGCUUUCCUGAAUUUAGGGUCUAUGGAUGCAGACAAUUUUCAACUUUAAGCUCUCUUUUAAAGUCUAGUGGAAGUGGUGGAAACCAUGGAAAAGGGAAAUUCAAUGGUAAAAAUCAAGAACAUGGUCUUCAAAAGCCUGUUGUUCCGGAAGUAUAUCCUCGAAUGAUGGCAUUACCUAUUGUUCGAAGACCUUUAUUUCCAGGUUUCUACAAAGCAGUUGUAAUAAAAAAUCCUUCUGUUACAGAAGCUAUUAAAGAGAUGAUAAAAAGAGGUCAACCAUAUAUUGGUGCAUUUCUUCUUAAAGAAGAUGUAGAUACAGAUACUAUUACUAAUAUUAAUCAAAUAUAUAAUGUAGGCGUUUUUUCUCAAAUUACAAGCGUAUUUCCAGCAAAUAAUACCGGGGAUGAGAAUGCUCUUACUGUAGUAUUAUAUCCACAUAGACGGAUUAAAAUUGUCAACCUGAUAGGACCUCAAGUUAAUGCAGAUGGAGUUGAGAAUUCUGAAGAACUAAUAAAUAACAAUGAUAAUACAAAAUCCGAGAAUUUUGAUUCUAUAGAAUGUAUAGAAGAACAAAAUGUAGAAAAUAAUUGUUUUAACAAAGAAACAACUAACGAACCUUCUAUAGACGAUGAUAGUCAUUAUGCAACUUCUUUUUUAAAUACUUAUGAUGUAUCGUUAGUUAAUGUAGAAAAUUUAGUUGAUGAAGAUUUUGAUCCGAAAAAUAAUAUUAUUAAAGCAGUUACAUCUGAAAUAGUAAGCGUUUUUAAAGAUAUUGCAACUUUUAAUCCAUUAUUUCGAGAUCAAAUUGCGAAUUUUUCUAUGUCUCAGUCUAUAGGAAAUGUAUUUGAAGAGCCUGCAAAGCUUGCUGAUUUUGCGGCUGCUGUAUCUACUGGAGAAGUAGCAGAAUUGCAAGAUAUUUUAGAAACAUUAUCUAUAGAAGCUAGAUUACAGAAGUCAUUAUUAGUUCUAAAAAAAGAACUUAUGAAUGCUCAGCUUCAGAGUAAAAUUAGUAAAGAUGUUGAAUCAAAAAUUCAAAAAAGACAAAGAGAAUAUUAUUUAAUUGAACAAAUGAAAGGUAUAAAAAGGGAAUUAGGAUUAGAGAGUGAUGGAAAAGACAAGCUAGUUGAAAAAUUUAAAGAUAAAGCAUCUAAACUUUCUAUGCCAGAAAAUGUAAAAAAAACAUUUGAUGAAGAAUUAAAUAAACUUAUUCAUCUAGAGCCGUCUGCUUCAGAGUUUAAUGUAACGCGGAAUUAUUUAGAUUGGUUAACUCAAAUACCAUGGGGACAGCAAUCUGCAGAAAAUUAUGAUAUCAAUCAUGCUAUGAAAGUUUUAGAUGAAGAUCAUUAUGGAUUAAAGGAUAUAAAAGAUCGAAUUUUGGAAUUUAUAGCAGUUGGUAAGCUUAGAGGAUCUGUUGAAGGCAAAAUUUUGUGUUUUGUUGGACCUCCUGGUGUUGGAAAAACAUCUAUUGGAAAAUCGAUUGCAAGAGCAUUAGAUCGUCAAUUUUAUCGUUUUAGUGUUGGAGGCCUUUCUGAUGUUGCCGAAAUAAAAGGUCAUAGAAGAACAUAUGUUGGUGCAAUGCCUGGAAAAAUUAUUCAAAGUUUAAAGAAAGUUCAAACGGAAAAUCCAUUAAUACUUAUUGAUGAAGUUGACAAAAUCGGCCGAGGACAUCAAGGAGAUCCUUCUAGUGCUUUACUUGAACUUUUAGAUCCUGAGCAAAAUUCAUCUUUCCUCGAUCACUAUCUUGAUCUUCCUGUUGAUCUUUCUAAGGUUUUAUUUGUUUGUACUGCAAAUAUUAUAGAUACUAUUCCAGGACCACUUUUGGAUAGAAUGGAAAUUAUACACAUAUCAGGUUAUGUGGCUGAUGAAAAAAUGGCAAUUGCAAAAAAUUAUCUUGCUCCAGAAGCUAAAGAGCUUGCUGGUUUAAAGGAUAUUGAUGUUAAUCUAACUGAUGAUGCAAUUGAAUCUCUUAUUAAGUAUUAUUGUCGUGAAAGUGGGGUACGAAAUUUAAAAAAACAUAUAAAUAAAGUAUACCGUAAAUCUACUCUAGAUAUUGUUAAAGGUCUUGAAGAAACAGUUGAAGAGCCAUUAAUUGAUGAAAAAAAAGAUCAAAAAGAAAAUGAUCAAGAUGACUUUAAAGCAUGUUUUUCAAAGACUACUAAAAAAACAUGGAAACCUUUGAAGGUUCCGGAUUCUGUUUCUAUAACAAUAGAUUCUUCAAAUUUAAAGAAUUAUGUUGGUCCUCCUAUUUUUACUACUGAUAGACUUUAUGAUAUAGCACCUCCUGGUGUUGUUAUGGGUUUAGCUUGGACAAGCCAAGGUGGUGCUGUUUUAUAUGUCGAAUCCAUUUUAGAAAAUGUUAUGUCAGCAACAUCUAAACCUAAUUUUAUUUGUACUGGUCAAUUAGGAGAUGUUAUGAAAGAAUCAUCAAGUAUAGCAUAUUCUUAUUCAAAAAGUUAUAUUUCUCAAAAUUAUCCUGAUAAUAAAUUCUUUGAAAGAGCUCGAAUUCAUCUUCAUUGUCCAGAAGGUGCCGUUCCAAAAGAUGGUCCUUCUGCUGGAAUCACAAUGACAACAUCAAUAUUAUCGUUAGCUUUAAACUAUCCUGUACCACCAUCUAUAGCAAUGACUGGAGAAAUUACUUUAACUGGAAAAGUAUUAAGAAUAGGCGGUUUAAGAGAAAAAGUAGUUGCUGCCAAAAGAUCUGGGGUAGAUACUAUUAUUUAUCCUGAGGCUAAUCAAGCAGACUGGGAUAUAUUACCCGAUAACAUUAAAAAAGGACUGAUAGGUGUACCCGUUAAUUGGUAUUUUGAUGUUUUUGGUGUAGUUUUUAAAGACAUAGACAAUUCCAAGGUUUCUAUGUUAUGGAAAAAUGAUGUUAAUGGAAAUGUUAGCAAAGCAAUUUCGUAA